AUGUUCUUCUCCGCUCAACUUUUCGCCAGUCUCGGGAACUUGGUAUUCGCUUCAGCCAUUCCUGGCCAUAACUCUGCUCGACAAGCCACCAACGGUCCAGAUCGAGGAACUAUUAUCUGGGUCUGCACUUCCAAUACGGAUCCCGCUCAUUAUAUCCCUGAGGUCUGCAAGAACAUGUGCUAUGGUGCCUACUGCCGUGGCCAUGGCACCAUUUUGACCUGGGAUGAUUAUGCUGGAAGAGCCGAAGCCGAUCGUGAGAAAGCUGCAGGGUGUGGCAAGAACAACCACUGUGCGAUGAUUCCCCCAGGUACAGGGAGCUAUCAGUGCGACGCGUAUCCAUUCGGAAGUACAAGCAAUGCCGAUCGUACCGACAUAUUGGCAGUGAAUCGGUGCGUUCCCAGUGACCAACAAACCCGACAAGAUGCCAGGCUCUAUCAGCUGUUCUAUAGCCAGGGACCUUGGAUGAACAACCAAGGCUUGAACGGAACACCCCCCGCUACUUUCCAUCAGUCAUUCGCCAACUYUGGCGAAUUGUCCUACUGCAGUGGUGACAGCGAGGGCGACAAUUGUCGUAACGACGGUCUGCAGUACGACAACCAGGGCAAAAUCGCCGACUCCACCUCCAAUUGGUGCAAUUGGGUCCCUCGUACGCACAUUCGAUAUCGCCUUCGUGGCGGAGAUAUCAUCGAAGUCCCGGAUGAGUUUGAGAUUGGUCACCGCGUCUGGCUUCCUCGCGAGCACAACUUGACGCUAUUUGUGGAGCAGUCCAAGGCUCACGAAUACGAUUAUGCUCGUGGUUUGGAGCAGUUUGAGCACAUGGUCGACAAUUUAUACAUGGAGGAGGACUUUGUGGAUGAACUCUUGUCUUAG